GGAUCUAUGGAUGGGGAUGUUUGACACCAACCCCCCAGCGGCUGAGUACGUCCACAGCGACUGUGAACCUCUAGGGUCCUGGACUAACUGGGCCCCAGGGGAACCCGACCUUCAGAGUACGGAGUUCUGUAUCCGCUAUACCAGACUGGGCUACUGGAGGACAAGAGGAUGUGAUCAGCUCUAUCACUUCAUCUGCGAAAGACCUUUAGACAGCUGUUGGUUCGACACGAGGACGGGCGCUGAGCUGGUUGGGAUUGGCACCGUCAUCACCAACAUGACUCUCGCGUCAUGCCGUCAGUUGUGUCGGAACGACGGUGACUGCACUGCCUUGACGUCAUUCCAAGACGGCACCUGCUUUCUUCAAACAGACGACAUUCCGCAUAUUCUGACAAGUCCUGACAUGGAUACCUAUGAAAGCGCAACCACAGAGAUUAAGCGAUGCGUUGCAUACGUUGUGAGUGACCUCGAUAACAACUACAUGGACGACAGUGACGUACCCAACAAUACCUGUUUGCCGGCAUCGUCGUACCUGCCCGCAUCACAUCUUGGCACCUCGCAGCUGACACCACUGUGCGCGGGGGACGAGAAUCAGGUCCAGACAAGUGAGCGCGAGAUCGACGUCAGUGAACUACGUCUUGACAAAUCCUUGUUGUCCAACUACAAGCGUCGUUUCUACUCCGUCUACGACGACCGGCCCUCCAUGGCUGUUAUUGGGUCGUCGGGUGUGGGGAUCAUCUGCUUUGUACUUGCGACUGUUAUUUGCAUGGAUUUAGAGCGACUGGCGCGAGGAGUUUAUACGGCGCUGUAUGGAAGUCCCAGGAAGAUAAAGGUCAUCCACGCGAAGCGCCGGACUCCUUGAGGUUACACGCA